AUGCAUGGAAGACAACCAAAUGCGAUAAAAUUGAUAGCAGGAAACUCACAUAUAGAACUUUGUGAAAAAAUAGCGUCAAAAUUAGGUAUAAAGAUUGCCAAAAUAGGAGCAUUUCAAUAUACAAAUACUGAAACAGCAGUUGCAGUUGGAGAAUCAGUAAGAGAUGAAGAUGUAUAUAUAAUACAAACAGGAUGUGGAGAAGAUAAUAUAAAUGAUUUUUUAAUGGAACUAUUAUUUAUUAUAAAUGCUUGUAGAAUUGCAAGUGCAAGAAGAAUUACUGCUGUUAUUCCAAAUUUUCCAUAUGCAAGACAAGAUAAAAAAGAUAAAUCUAGAGCUCCAAUAACUGCAAAAUUAAUAGCUAAUCUAUUACAAGUAGCUGGCUGUAAUCAUAUAAUAACAAUGGAUUUACAUGCAUCACAAAUUCAAGGAUUUUUCAGAGUACCAGUUGAUAAUUUAUAUGCUGAACCGAGUGUUUUAAGAUAUAUACGAGAACAUUAUAAUAAAGAAGAAAUAAUAAUGGUAAGUCCCGAUGCUGGUGGUGCAAAAAGAGUAGCAUCAUUAGCUGAUAAAUUGGAUAUUCAAUUUGCUUUAAUCCACAAAGAAAGACAAAAAGCUAAUGAAAUUUCAAGAAUGGUUUUAGUGGGGGAUGUUGAUAAUAAAAUAUGUAUACUAGUUGAUGAUAUGGCAGAUACUUGUGGUACAUUAUGUAAAGCAGCAGAUGUAUUACUAGAUAAUGGUGCUAAAAAAGUUGUUUGUAUAAUUACACAUGCUAUAUUAUCAGGUAAUGCAAUUGAAAAAAUUAAUAAUUCAAGAAUCGAUAAAAUUAUAUGUACAAAUUCUUUACCUAUACAAGAAAAAUUAAAAUUAUGUGAUAGAUUAGAAAUGAUCGAUAUUGCUCCAACUUUAGCUGAAGCUAUUAGAAGAUUACAUAAUGGUGAAAGUGUUAGUUAUUUAUUUAAUAAUGUACCAGAAUAA